AGCUGCUUUGACGCGGCACCAACGACUACACCACUGAACCACCACCAGCUAUCACGACGUUGCCCGCCGCCAGCACGACUCCUACGACGACCUCACCACCCCCACCUCAUACCAGUCCUUCUUCCCACCAAGACCCGUGCCCGCUCAAGGAGCGCUGCAGUCCUGCCAUCAUGGCCAUGUUCAGCCAGAACCCAGUCCUUAACGGGCCCAACUACUCCUUUGCCGAAGUCCCCAGCAAACAGAACGCCAGCGGCUUCAGAGAGCACAGAUUCAACCCAUACACCGACAAUGGAGGUUCCACCCUCGCGAUUGCAGGCGCCGAGUUCGCCAUCAUGGCUGGCGACACCCGCCUGACGUCAGGCUACAGCAUUAACACCAGAUAUGCCCCGAAGGUCUUCAAGAUUGGCGGCACGACAUCAUCACAAGAGGAUGCAAACAUUCUCCUGUCGGUCGUCGGCUUCGCCGCCGACGGCGAGGCUCUCAAGGAACGGCUCGACUCGAUCUGCAAGAUGUACCGGUACCGGCACGGCAAGCCCAUGUCGGUGGGCGCCUGCGCCAAGCGCCUGUCGACCAUCAUGUACCAGAAGCGCUUCUUCCCAUACUACGUCUACGCCAUCCUUGGCGGCAUCGACGAGGAAGGCAAGGGUGCCGUCUACAGCUACGACCCCGUCGGCAGCUUCGAGCGCGAGCAGGCUCGUGCCGGUGGCGCCGCGGGCUCCCUCAUCAUGCCCUUCCUCGACAACCAGGUCAACUUCAAGAACCAGUUCAUCCCCGGUAGCGGCGUCGGCCACGACGUAAAGCCUCGCCAGGUUGUGCCGUUGGCGAGAGACGAGGUCGAAGUCUUGGUCAAGGAUGCUUUCGACUCUGCCGUAGAGCGGCAUAUCGAGGUCGGUGACCAUCUGCAGAUGAUGAUCAUCACAAAGAACGGUAUCGAGGAGAAGCUGCUGCCGUUGAAGAAGGAUUAAGGUUCAAGCAGAGAUUAGUCAUGGCGAAGUGACAGCAAGCAUUGUUCAAGCGAGAUAGUGCCUUAAGAACGGCAGCUCUGCAAGAAUAGACUCGGGCGAAUGUCCUUUGAACUCGGAAUCUUGGAUAGGCUUCUUGUGAGAUGUGAUUGAGGACUUUGAUUGACUCGACCUAGACACAGCGACUGGCAAGUAGACAUGCCCCAAGUACCUUCUGUCUCGGAGUGAUUGAUGCUUCCGCAAUUCCCAAGCCGCUAUGAUGCUCUUAAAUGAAUUACCCUCUUCCUAUCAUAAUGUAGAGACAGAUAUGAUGCUGGAAGCCCUGCUCUUGUGCCAU